AUCGCCACCGGAGUCGUCUUGUUUGCAGGCUGAACGCCGCGGCCGCCUUUCCUGGAUUUGAGUCUCGCGCUUUCUUCGUUUGCUCGCCGGCGGGUUCGCGCCCCUCUCGCGCCCCCGGGCAGCGAGGCUGGGAAGGGGUUGGAGGGGGCUGUUGAUCGCCGCCUUUAAGUUGUGCUCGGGGCGGCCAUGUCGGCCGGCGAGGUCGAGCGCCUAGUGUCGGAGCUGAGCGGCGGGACCGGAGGGGAUGAGGAGGAAGAGUGGCUCUAUGGCGGCCCAUGGGACGUGCAUGUGCACAGUGAUUUGGCAAAGGACCUAGAUGAAAAUGAAGUUGAAAGGCCAGAAGAAGAAAAUGCCAGUGCUAAUCCUCCAUCUGGAAUUGAAGAUGAAACCGCUGAAAACGGCGUACCUAAACCGAAAGUGACCGAGACUGAAGAUGAUAGUGAUAGUGACAGUGAUGACGAUGAGGAUGAUGUUCAUGUCACUAUAGGAGACAUUAAAACGGGAGCACCACAGUAUGGGAGUUAUGGUACAGCACCUGUAAAUCUUAACAUCAAAACAGGGGGAAGAGUUUAUGGAACUACAGGAACAAAAGUCAAGGGAGUGGACCUCGAUGCACCUGGAAGCAUUAACGGAGUUCCACUCUUGGAGGUAGAUUUGGAUUCCUUUGAAGAUAAACCAUGGCGUAAACCCGGUGCUGAUCUUUCUGAUUAUUUUAAUUAUGGGUUUAAUGAAGAUACCUGGAAAGCUUACUGUGAAAAACAAAAGAGGAUACGAAUGGGACUUGAAGUUAUACCAGUUACCUCUACUACAAAUAAAAUUACGGCCGAAGACUGUACUAUGGAAGUUACACCAGGUGCAGAGAUCCAAGAUGGCAGAUUCAAUCUUUUUAAGGUACAGCAAGGACGAACUGGAAAUUCAGAGAAGGAAGCAGCACUUCCAUCUACAAAAGCUGAGUUUACUUCUCCUCCUUCUUUGUUCAAGACUGGACUCCCACCAAGCAGAAACAGCACCUCCUCUCAGUCUCAGACAAGUACUGCCUCCAGAAAAGCCAAUUCCAGCGUUGGGAAGUGGCAGGACCGAUAUGGGAGGGCCGAAUCACCUGACCUAAGGAGAUUACCUGGGGCAAUCGAUGUUAUUGGUCAGACUAUAACAAUUAGCCGAGUAGAAGGAAGACGACGGGCAAACGAAAACAGCAACAUACAGGUCCUUUCUGAAAGAUCUGCUACUGAAGUAGACAACAAUUUUAGCAAACCACCUCCAUUUUUCCCUCCAGGAGCUCCUCCCACCCACCUUCCACCUCCUCCAUUUCUUCCACCUCCUCCAACUGUCAGCACUGCUCCACCUCUGAUUCCACCACCAGGUUUUCCUCCUCCACCAGGCGCUCCACCUCCAUCUCUUAUCCCAACAAUAGAAAGUGGACAUUCCUCUGGUUACGAUAGUCGUUCUGCACGUGCUUUUCCAUAUGGCAAUGUUGCCUUUCCCCACCUUCCUGGUUCUGCUCCUUCAUGGCCUAGUCUUGUGGAUACCAGCAAGCAGUGGGACUAUUAUGCAAGAAGAGAGAAAGACCGAGAUAGAGACAGAGACCGAGACCGGGAGCGAGACCGUGAUCGAGACAGAGAAAGAGAGCGCACCAGAGAGAGAGAGCGGGAGCGUGAUCACAGUCCUACACCAAGUGUUUUUAACAGUGACGAAGAACGAUACAGAUACAGGGAGUAUGCGGAAAGAGGGUAUGAGCGUCACAGAGCAAGUCGAGAGAAAGAAGAACGACACAGAGAGAGACGACACAGAGAGAAGGAGGACACCAGACACAAGUCGUCUCGCAGUAAUAGUAGACGUCGCCAUGAAAGUGAAGAAGGAGACAGUCACAGGAGACACAAGCACAAAAAAUCUAAAAGAAGCAAAGAAGGAAAGGAAGCUGGCAGUGAGCCUGCCCCCGAACAGGAGAGCACCGAAGCUGCACCUGCCGAAUAG